ACGUGUCCCUUGGAUGCCCCAGUCAGGCAGUGGGAAAGACUGUCCCUCCCUGCAAGCUGUACAGAGGGCUGGGAUUGAGUGCCAUCAUUCUUUUGACUGGUUCCUCUCGGGCUCCUGGCAUACUGUUUUAUUCUGCUACAGUUGUCUCUACGUUCACCAAAGGGCUGAAGCUUCUCCUGAAAAAUGUCUCACAAGCCACAGGUCAGCAUUCCAAUGUCAGAGUCCAGCACAAACGGCGUCCCAAGCACUAAGCUUUCACCUCAGGACACAGCCAGGGCCACUGUUGUAACCUUUCACAACAUCUGCUACAGAGUGAAGACAAAGAGUGGUUUUCUAUUUAAUCGCAAAAUGGUCGAGAAAGACAUUUUGAAAGAUAUCAAUGGGAUCAUGAGGCCAGGACUGAAUGCUAUUCUGGGGCCAACUGGCAGUGGCAAAUCUUCGUUACUGGAUAUUUUAGCUGCAAGGAAAGAUCCUCAUGGGUUGAGUGGAGAUGUUCUGAUCAAUGGAGUUCCACAGCCUGCCAAUUUUAAAUGCAUCUCCGGAUAUGUUGUACAGGAUGAUGUGGUAAUGGGGACCUUGACUGUAAGAGAAAACCUGCAAUUUUCAGCAGCCCUCCGACUUCCAAAGACAGUGAGGGAGCAAGAAAAGAAGGAAAGAAUUAACCAGAUCCUCAAGGAGUUGGGUUUGACAAAAGUGGCAGAUUCAAAGGUUGGAACCCAGUUCACUCGUGGUAUAUCAGGGGGAGAGAGGAAGAGGACCAAUAUCGGAAUGGAACUCAUUACAGACCCUGCAAUCUUGUUCUUAGAUGAGCCCACGACUGGACUGGAUGCCAGCACAGCCAAUGCUGUCCUGCUGCUCCUGAAGAGAAUGUCCAGGCAAGGAAAAACAAUUAUCUUUUCCAUCCAUCAACCACGCUACAGUAUUUACAGACUGUUUGAUAACUUGACCUUACUGGCUGCGGGACAAAUGCUGUAUCAUGGGCCGACUCAAGAUGCCCUAGAAUACUUCAAAAGCAUUGGUUAUGAGUGCGAGCCAUACAACAACCCUGCUGAUUUCUUUCUGGAUGUCAUUAAUGGAGAUUCGACAGCUGUGGCUUUGAACAAGACUAAUGAAAUCGAUACAGAGAUCAUUGAUGAACAUAGCAGUUGUGAUAAGACAUUGGCAGAGAAAUUAGCGGAGAAGUAUUCCAGUUCCACUUACUACCGUGACACCAAAGCAGAAUUAGAGAAGCUGUCUUUGGGGGGACAAAGAGAGACUACUUUCAGAGGAAUCGCCUACACUACCUCCUUCUUCCACCAGCUCAAGUGGGUCUCCAAACGCACGUUCAAAAACUUGAUAGGCAACCCACAAGCCUCCAUAGCACAGCUGUGUGUUACCGUUUUCCUGGGCUUAGUUGUAGGUGCCAUCUUCUUUGGUGUAACAAAUGAUGCUAGCGGCUUGCAGAACAGAGUUGGUGCCAUGUUCUUUAUGACUACCAACCAGUGUUUCAGCAGCAUCUCUGCUAUUGAACUUUUUGUUGUGGAAAAGAAGAUAUUUAUACAUGAAUACAUCAGUGGAUACUACAGAAUUUCUGCCUAUUUCUUCUCAAAGCUCAUGGCUGAUUUAAUACCCAUGAGGACCGUACCAAGCAUCUUCUUCACGUGCAUAGUUUAUUUUAUGUUAGGUCUCAAACCAACGGCAGAGGCCUUCUUUAUCAUGAUGUUUACCCUGAUGAUGGUAUCCUAUACAGCUACUUCUAUGGCGCUGGCUAUUGCUGCAGGACAGAGUGUGGUAGCUGUAGCAAAUUUACUCAUGACCAUCUCAUUUGUUUUUAUGAUUAUUUUCUCCGGGCUGUUGGUAAAUCUCACCAGUAUAAUGUCUUGGCUUUCUUGGCUCCAGUACUUCAGCAUCCCUCGAUAUGGCAUGACAGCAAUGCAGAUUAAUGAGUUUACUGGUCUAGAUUUCUGUAACCUUGCAACAAACGGAAGCUGGAGCCACCCCAACUGUACAGAUGUUAGCAAACUGCAGAUGUGUACUGGAGAACAAUAUCUGAAAUCCCAAGGAAUCGAUGCAACUGCGUGGGGCCUGUGGCAGAAUCACCUUGCACUUGCUUGCAUGAUCAUCAUUUUCCUUACUAUUUCAUACCUGAAGUUGCUGUUCAUGAAAAAGUUCUCUUAACGUGUAAAUAAGCUGUGAUGUCCUAAGUAGGAAGGCUAGAGAAUAGGCUACUGUUUUGUUAAAAGUAUUCUUGUGUACUUAAUAUUUUGUAACUGAACAUAUAAUGAACAAAAUAUCUGCAGUUAUAGUACACCCAAAUGUUAUCUUAUGUGGACAUGGUAUAAUUAUAUAGUGUAGCACUUGCUGCUCUAGAAUAACAUUCUAGAGCACGAUUUAUAGCUGGCAUGAUCCACUCAAGAUUAAGCUCUGUCAAUUUCAAAGCAAAAGAGUUCUUCUCCCACUGAAACCAAAGGGACUUAAAGUUCUUAAUUCUGGCCAGAAUCACACCCAAUAUUUGUUAAAAUGCAACUUUGAGGCUCACCUCUUACUUUGAGAAACCUGGCCGGUAAAGGCAUCAUCACGCUAACUGCAAUUCUAACAUAAAAGGAAGCCCUGUUGAACACAGUGGGACUUAUUUCAGAGUAAACCCAUUUGGAUUUCUGAAGUUAAUCAGUUUUUGUGCAGAGAAUUAUAGAAUACUAGUGUUGCUGUUAAUAAUAUGACUAUAGACAGCACUUUAUCUCCAGUGCAUGGUCAGGCACAGUGGAAGGGGCUAGCCACAUGUUAGGCAAUAAUGUACCCAUUAAAGUCUCAACACUAGUUUUAGUUUUUUGAAGAAAUACAGCUUUGGGGGAGUGACUGGGUGGGGAGAAAGGGGUGCUUAAUGCUUUCCUCACUUCAAAUUGCUUCCCCAAUCCAGGGGCUUCGCCUCCUCUGUGGGGUUUCAAAUGAUCUUGCCCACACAUAGAAAAUGAAAGCUAUUUCAUUGCAUUGUUGGACUUGAACCAACAUAUUAUUUACCUCAAGAGCCAGUCAGUCAGUUGGCAUUCCUGAUGUUUCAUCUAGAAACAUUUAUAUUUAGGGCAUCCAGUAAGUGGAGUUUAGAAUAUAAAUGAGCAUAUAGCUAAUGGAUAAUGUUUUAUCAAACAUUUUACAUAAAGGACCACAUUCCUCAAAGUGCAAUCAAUUAUAAACAACC